AUUUCUCAAUUCAGGAAUACUUCAGGGCUCUCUUAAAACAAACAUCAAUUCACCUUUUUGGCUAUUAUUUCAAACCGUUUCUAUAUGAGUCGGCUGCCAUUAACCAAUUUUGGGUACAAAAUGUCCUGCGGCCAGUUGGGCAUCAAUUGCGAAGGACAUACCAUGGCCGUGGAGCAGCUGGGGUUCAGCAAGAUCUGCGAAUCCGGCUACUACUUAGCUUCGGCAGGACUCGACAAAUUGGUAGUACUGCGACAUGGCGACACUGGCGACUGGGUUGGCACCUUGACUGGCCAUGAAGCCGGAGUGUGGAGCGUGACCUUGAAUGACGAGGCCACCAUGAUGGCCAGCGGCAGUGCAGAUCGGACGGCUCGCAUCUGGUGCGCCAUCACUGGCGAUGAGCUGGUGAAGUUUACGCUUCCGGAGGCAGUAACCUGUGUGGAUUUGAACGAAAAGUCCACUUGCAUGGUGGCGGGAUGUUUGGGAGUAGAUCCCGUAAUCAAUCUCUUCGAUCUGAAUGGGGCCGAUUGGAAACCAUUGUUGUCUCUGAAAGGUCACUCGAGGGGCGUGAGGGAUGCCAUUUUCUGCCGGAACGAUUUCUCGCUGCUCACUUCGUCCUAUGAUCGCACCGUCAGGAUGUGGGACUGCGUGAGCGGGUUGGAGACACACUCGAUUGUCCUGCCGCACCACGCCAAGUCCCUGGAACUCCACGCCGAUAACGACAUAGUGACCAUUGCCUAUGGCAACAGCAUCAUCUUCGUGGAUACCAAUAACUUUGAGAUUCUUAGCCAGCGCAGGAUGGACUUCAAGGUGACUGGUGCAACCCUGCACCCUAAGAAGGAGUCUUUUGUCUGUAUCACUGGGGACGGUCGGCUGAACAAGUACGACUAUGUGACGGAUGCCUUGCUGGACAGCUUCUAUGCCCACAAGGGCGAGCCCAUCUGCUGUGUCCGGUACAGUCCCGAUGGCGAGGUCUACGCCAGUUCCUCCUGCAGUGGCGAAAUGAUGUUAUGGCAGCAGACUGUGGGCAAAAAGUACGGCCUGUGGGACUGCGCCAUGGACCCGUGCAGCAGCGAAGAUGCGGAUGAUGAGGAGGAGGACUCCAUCAGCUAGUCGACCCACACAACUGUACUCGGUACGGAGAGUACCCUCAAUGCGGGGCCACCACAGGGUCCAGCUUCAGCUUCGGAAUCUGAUUAUAACUCUCAUUCUGGUUCAGGUUCUUAGUUCAUUUUAUUUUCGUUCCCGAGUUUCAGUUUGUUCAUUCCCCAUAAUCAAAAAUGAGAAAAAGGGUCACGAUCCUUCCCUCUUUGUCCCUUUCUCUUGCUCUUUCUCGCUCUCGGCCAUCUAAUAAAUUUGUUUUGUGAUUGAAAACCCCCAGAAAA